GCAGCAGCAGCAGCGCCUUUGCACGCCCUGGGGAAAGGGAAGGCGGCGACACUUCCCGGAAGUAGCCGUCUCCAUGGAGACAGCCCCAGGAAGGACGCGUUGCCAUAGCGCCGCUGCCGAGGGGACGGACGCCGGCCUGGUCUUGCCCCGCAGUGGCGAAGAUGGACAUGGAAGCGGCGGAGGAAGCGCCGGACGAGGACUACUAUGGGGACGAGGACUACGACGACGAGGUGGACGACGAUGACGAUGACGACGACGAGGAGGAGGAGCAGAGUUGGUACCCGCGGGCUCGCCGCGUGUCUCUCCGCCACGAGGCUCAGGCAGGAGCCAAGCGGGAAGCGACGCCCUCCCUCGUGUCCGAGGAGCUCGCCGAGGGGGAGCCCGAGGCGGAGCCGGAGCCUCCAAGCUUCACUGGGCCCGCCCAUUUGGCCUGGACUCCCGAGGAGGUGGCCGAAUGGGUGGACACCCUGGGCUUCCCCCAGUACAAGGAAUGUUUUACUGCAAACUUUAUCUCUGGGCGCAAACUUAUCCAUGUAAACUGUUCAAAUCUGCCACAAAUCGGGAUAACUGACUUUGAACAUAUGAAGGAAAUUUCACAGCGUGUGCGAGAAUUGUUGCAAAUAGAGGAGCCCCUCUUUAUCAGAAGCAUCUCUCUUCCCCACAGAGAUAACAUUGGUUUGUUUCUAGAGCGAAAAUCUAAGACUGGAACACGUAGUGAUGCCCUCUCCUAUCCUCAGUUUAUCCUGGAAGCAGGAUUACAACUAUAUGAACCACAGCCUGAGGUGCCCAUCGCUGAAGAGCCCAUCGCUGAAGAGCCCGUCCCUGAAGUGCCUGUUCCUGAAGUGCCCGUCUCUGAAACUCCUCCUUCCUCAAAAUUAUAAUAUUUAAAAUUAAGUAUUGAUGUUGUUUUUAGAAUGUUUUGUUUCUAAUAUUUUACUAAGCUUUUGAGUUUGAUAGGAAAGUUUGCUUUGGCACACUCUGACACAGAGUGUGCUUUGCUGGAGUUUAAGUAGAAUUCUAAGUAAUGGGAAAUGGGGCAGAAACAUGCAACUGCUGUGUCAGCACUAAAUCUCGUAGAAUAAAACCAUCCAUUACACUGGA